GCAUGCUGCAACAGCCCGGAGAUUGUUCACGACUUCUUGCAGCAGAAUCCAGACAUAGCCUUCCUGAAGGAUCUGUCUGCCUUCCACUCCUGGACUUUUGGGAUUUGCGACGCGCAGAGCCGCAAUGCGCUUUUCUAUGCUGUGGGCAGCAACAAUUCCGAAGCAAAGACGGAGAUUCUGAGGAUGCUGCUGGAGGCGAAAUGCCGCGCCAGCGAGGUGGAUGUGUUUGGUCGAUCUGCACUACACUAUGCCGCUCAAUCAGGUGAUAUGACAACAGUGGAGGAACUACAGCAGGCAAUCGAGCAGGAGGUUCCACCAUGUGUGCUACACGGAGAACUUCAGGUUGCAGCAAAUUGCGUGGACGCCGCCCUGGUUGAGGAAGACCAAAGCCAGGAAGCGGCAAAGGCAGCAGCAGAUGCACAUGUGUCUCCAUUCAGCGACGAACACGGUAAGAUACCGGAAAUUGCAGAGGCAGCUCCAGCAGCCAGCGCUGUGCACGGGCAGAGGGAAGGCGAAAACAACGACAAAGCAGAGGCAGCUGCUGCUACUGCUGAGGAAGAGCGACAGAAGAGUGAAGCU